UAUGACCUCCGAUAUUUUCGUGUUAGAAUUUUCAUCUCGAAGUUAUCUCAAGAGUCGGUCAGUAACUGUUGUCAUCUGAGACACUCUGUAUAAUGACGUGUAUCAUAUACUAUGGUCAUCGCAUAUAUUCUAAACACGAUAAAAAUAAAUAGAACAACUAAAGUCCCACGUUUGUCGCAGAAUCUUAUCGUCAGGAUUUAGAGCUUUGACCGUCUCGAUCACAGGACAUAAAAAAAAGAACAGUAUUUUCCGAAGGUACGUCAGUCGAGCUCGGAUCUUCGAGGUUAGCUCGCAAGUUAUAAUUAGCGAAUCGCAUUUCGCGCUGCCAGCAAAUUAAUCAGGGGCGUUUAAUGUUGAGGCAACUCCAUUCGAGACACGCAUGUUUGUUGCUCGGAAAGAAUAGUUCAAGAGCAAAGAGUUUGGUCAGUGUGCGUUACAUAACCUACGACGAUGAGGCUCACCUGCGACGUCAAUCGACAGGUACUGGUCGUAAAUCACUGUCCAGCGAGCAAUGUCGCUCGUCUGAAGAUUCACCGCAUCUACCGUCGCAGUCGCAAAUUGUCAUUGCCGGCGCCGGAACUGUUGCCAAUUCGGUCGCCUAUCACUUGGUAACAAACGGAUGGAACGAUGUCCUCGUCCUGGAACAAAACACAAUUGGCAGUGGGUCCUCGCACUUUGGCUCUGGUACACUUGGACUCUUCAAACCAAUUUCGCGCAGGAACCUCAUUGCAUAUAGCAUCAAGUUAUAUCAGCAACUGCAAGAAAUGGGAUAUGACAUAGGAUUAAGGCAAUGUGGUAGUAUAAAUUUGGCGCAGUCUAAGGAUAGAAUGGUGGCUCUUAAAAGGAGAAUGGCUUAUAAUGUACCAACUGGAUUACAUUGCGAAAUUUUGGGUAAGGAAGAGCUAAAGAGAUUACAUCCUUAUUUACACACUGAGGAUAUAGAAGGAGCGAUUUGGGUGCCAGAAGAUGCUGUUGCUAAUUUAACUGCAAUUUGUGAAGUCUUAGCAAAAUUGGCGAAGCAGGGAGGAGCACGAUACGUCGAGCAUUGUCGUGUAGAAGAAGUGAAGACUGAAAAAGGUGCUGUUAAAAGUAUCAGAACUGAAUAUGGUACUGUUUCCUGCCAGUACUUCAUUAACUGUGCCGGAAUGUGGGCUCGUGAGUUAGGAUUAAAAUGCACACCACCUGUUCGAAUUCCUGCAUAUCCUGCAGAACAUUUAUAUGCAAUCAUACCGCCUUUGUCAUCAGAAAUCAGUACAACUUUGCCAUAUAUACGAGAUUUUGACUCGCACUCGUAUAUGAGAGAAUGGAAAGGUGGAUUCUUACUAGGCUGGUUUGAGCCUGAUGCAAAACCAGCAUUUGGCAGCGGUCGAGUUCCUUCAAAGGAUUGGGCGAAACACAUGAAAAGUGAUUCAGCGCAUUGGCAGCCAUUAUGGGAAAAAGUUAUACAUAGAUUACCGAUCUUAAAAGAAAUAAAACAUCCAAAUAUAUAUAAUUGUCCUGACAAUUUUACUCCAGAUGGUAGAUGGAUAUUAGGAGAAAGUCCUGAAGUAAAGAAUUAUUUUGUUGCCGUUGGGAUGAACGGCAAUUCAUUGCAAGGUGCUGGUGGAAUUGGUAAAGAAAUCGCUGAAUCUUUAAUAAACGGUGAAUCAACGCAGGAGGUGCUGCCGUUCAAUGUGCAAAGAUUUCUAGAUUUACAUAACAAUAAACAAUAUCUGCAGCAGCGAAUGAAGGAAGUGGUUGGCAGGAACUAUGCUAUACUAUAUCCUCAUCAAUCCGAGUAUAAAUACGCUCGUAAAUUGCGUUGUUCGCCCUUGUAUUCUGUACUCGAAGAACGAGGCGCAAUUUUUGGUGUGAAAAUGGCCUAUGAACGCCCACUUUACUUUGACCCCACUUAUAGGCGAGGACAGAAAAAACCGAUUAUGCCCAAAGGCAGUUUUUAUAAACCGAAAUUCUUUGAUUUUAUGAAGGAUGAAUUUCAAGCGUGCAGAGAAGGUGUUGGGAUAAUAGAUAUGAGCUCAUUUUCCAAAAUUGAAAUCAAAUCUAGUCACGGAGAAGUAGUAGACUAUCUGCAACAGUUGUGCUCUAAUGAUGCUAAUAUACCCGUUGGUGGAAUAGUUCAUACAGGAAUGCAAAAUGAGAAAGGUGGUUAUGAAAAUGACUGUAUAUUGGUACGACAAGGAGAAAAUAGCUAUUUUAUGGUCUCGCCUACCUCGCAACAAACACGUAUUUAUCAAUGGAUGUCUAGACAUUUGCCGGCAGAUCAUUCGGUAGGUCUUAAUGACGUGACUUCAAAAUAUACAGUGAUCAAUGUAGUAGGUCCGAAAUCUACUGACCUGCUUUCCGAAUUAUCCAACUCUGACAUCAAUCUUUCACCUUUCACUUAUAAGACGGUAAAUGUUGCAUACGCUUCGGACGUUAUGGUGAUGGCGUUCACACAUACGGGUGAAUCUGGUUAUUGUCUCCAUAUACCUUCAGAAUAUGCAUUGCACAUUUACUCAACAUUAAUGGCUGUAGGCAAAGACUAUGGUGCACGAGAUGUUGGUGUACUCACGCAACGUUUCAUGAGAAUAGAGAGAUUUAUUCCGUUUUGGGCUGAAGAAUUGACACCGUAUGUUACGCCGUAUGAAGCUGGAUGUGGCUACAGCGUAAAGUUGGAUAAGGGCCAUUUUAUUGGCAAAUCUGCUUUACAACAACAAAAGAUGCAAGGAGUGACGAGACGACUGGUUUUAUUUGUUCUUGAUGGCAUGGACUUGAAUAAAGAUGUGUGGGCAUGGGGCGGUGAACCGUUAUAUCGGAAUGGUGAAUUUGUUGGUACUGUUACAUCGGCUGGCUACGGAUUUGUAACGGAGAAACUCGUUUGUCUUGGAUUUAUUAGUCUUCCUGAAGCAGGAUAUAAACAACAGACGAAUACUAUCACAACAGACUUUAUAAUGGAUCCAACAACGCGUUAUGAAAUUGAUAUCGCUGGAUUUAAAUUUCCUGCUAAACCACACAUCCACCCAUUGUCCAUACCAGUAAGCAGUACAUUAAACAAAAAAUAUAUUCCCACUCCGGUUAUCUCAUACCAAAGUGAUGUUUCAUGUUAAAAAUAAUAUUCUAGUCAUUUUUGUUGGUCAAUAAAGUCCGUUCGGACUUUAAUGAGUAAUAUGUUAUUUUUAGUUGUACGUAAUAAUUUACAACUUGUAUAAGUGGCAAAAUUAAUUUAUUAAUAACUCUAAUAUAUUGUUUUUAUGUACUAAAUUGAUACAUAAUAUAAUCUUCUAGAAUGACUUUUAUUUUACAAUGUUAAUAGCUGCAAAUUUAUGUAUAUUAAUCGAAUAUUCGUAGUGUUGAAUGUGAUAUUUAUAAUAGUUGUAGAGGUAAAUUUCUUUCAAUUUAUGUGGGUAAAAUCAAAAUUUUAAAAAGGAUGUAAAAAAGCUCAAUUGUGUUGAAACAUUCUCUAUUUUAUUAUUAUUGAUGAGCUUAACACCAUGAUGGCUCUGAGGUAAUAAAAUUAUUGAGACAUUGUUAUUAUCUUGAAAUAUAUAUCUGUCAGAUGAAAUGAUUCAAGUAAAUAUAGUAAAUUUAGAAUUUAAACAAGUGAAGGAGCUAUAUCAAGCAAUAAGCGAGAACAUUCAGUCUAAGAAGGCUAUCUUCAUUAUCUUUGCCGAGUGCAAAGCGUUGUUAUGGAGCAAAAUGACCUUGAGAAUUUGAAACAAAAAUCUUUUUAACUAACACAGCAAAGCUAGUACUACAAAAUUAUUACAUGUUUUUAUUGAUACUUAUUGAUUUUUACCUUACUUUUUUGGAGAUAAGAAGUAACUGGAGAAAAUCUGUGCAAGACUAUCUUUGAUAAACUUGAGAGAAAACAUUAACGCACACCAUGAAAAUCAUAUUAUCUAUCAUCAUACAUAUAUAUGAUGUAAAUCUUGUGUUGCAGUUCUUACGACAUUUCUGUUCCCAAAAGUAAUGUAUAUUUCCUAAAAAUAUUUAAAUAACAGAACUCACACUUUACUUGAAAAAGUAAUUUCAACGUGAUUUAAAUGACCUUAUUAACUUUUUUUCCUAAAAUUUUACCUUAUAUUCUCUCUAGUUCUCUUAUCUUCUUAUAUCUAGUAUCUUCCAUUCAUAUUUUAAUGACAAGUACACAGAAAAUAUGAGUGUUAUAUGUGUAAUCAUGUACAGAAAUAUUUGUUUAUAUAUUUGCUAUUUAUUUUGAUUGUACAGAUGUAAGUCAGCAGUAAAAAUAAAAAAACAAAUUUCUUUCGGUG